CCAAUGGUUUUUCAGCACAAGAAAAUUCACUGCAGUCAUUCGUUGCCCGAGUGACGGCUCCACAUUCUGUUUGAUGUCAAAAACAUCGACGUGAAUCAUUUUUGUCAAACCUAGUGCUUCAGGGCAUUUAGCUAAAUAAAAUGUCUUCAAUGCGUAUGAAGGCAGCAAAAUGCCCUUCAGACGAGUUGGCCAUUACAAACUGCGCCCUGAUAAAUCCAGAUGAUUUCCCCAGUGAUGUAAAGCAUAUUGAAGUGACCACAGGUCCUUCCCAGCAUUUCGCCUUUAGCGUCCGGUUCUAUAGUGGUGUUGAUCGUGGGACAGUUGGAUUCUCGGCGCCUCAAAGAAAAUGGGCUACUUUAUCUAUUGGACAGCCUAUAGAUGUAAAGCCGUUCAAGCCUCAGAGCGCAGAAUGCCUGUGCAGCGUGACCUUAGAGGCAGACUUCAUGCUGAAGAAAACCACUUCCCUGGACCCCUACGACUCAGAGCAGAUGGCGCGCGACUUCUUGAUCCAGUUUUCCAACCAAGUGUUCACGGUUGGACAGCAGUUGGCUUUCUCGUUCCAAGAUAAGAAAGUCCUGUCGCUGAUCGUGAAGAACUUGGAAGCUGUGGACGUCCAAGCAUUGGCCGCUGGUGCAGCGAACGCGGUACCCCGCCGCGUGAAGAUGGGCCGGCUGUUGCCCGACGCUUGCAUCCAGUUCGAUAAGGCCGAGAACUCUUCUCUCAACCUGGUUGGCAAGGCUAAAGGGAAGCAACCACGCCAGUCCAUUAUAAACCCCGAUUGGGACUUCGGAAAGAUGGGCAUCGGUGGUCUGGACAGGGAAUUCAAUGCUAUCUUCAGACGAGCCUUUGCUUCACGUGUCUUCCCGCCAGAAGUAGUCGAGCAGUUAGGUUGCAAGCACGUCAAAGGCAUCUUGCUCUUCGGACCACCGGGUACGGGUAAAACUUUGAUGGCGAGGCAAAUCGGUAACAUGUUGAACGCUCGGGAGCCAAAGAUCGUCAACGGUCCACAAAUCUUGGACAAAUACGUUGGUGAGAGCGAGGCCAACAUUCGACGGCUCUUCGCCGAUGCUGAGGAAGAAGAAAAGAGGGCUGGCCCCAACAGUGGUCUCCACAUCAUCAUCUUCGACGAAAUCGACGCCAUCUGCAAAGCCAGAGGAUCUGUGGGAGGCAACACAGGCGUUCACGAUACGGUCGUUAAUCAGCUGUUGUCGAAGAUCGAUGGUGUGGAUCAACUCAACAACAUCCUCGUCAUCGGCAUGACCAAUCGUCGCGAUAUGAUUGACGAGGCCUUACUCCGACCGGGCCGUCUUGAAGUGCAGAUGGAGAUCGGCCUACCUGAUGAGAAUGGACGCGUACAGAUCUUGAACAUCCAUACUAAACGGAUGAGGGAAUAUAAGAAGAUUGCUGAGGAUGUAGACUCUAAGGAACUAGCAGCCCUCACGAAGAACUUCUCCGGUGCAGAAUUAGAAGGUCUGGUGCGUGCUGCCCAGUCGACUGCUAUGAACCGGCUUAUCAAGGCGUCAAGCAAGGUGGAGGUGGAUCCUGAAGCCAUGGAGAAGCUAAUGGUGGAGCGAAUGGACUUCAUACACGCGCUGGAGAACGAUAUCAAGCCUGCCUUCGGCACAGCAGCCGAAGCCCUAGAGCACUUCUUGUCGCGGGGCAUCAUCAACUGGGGCACUCCAGUAUCGUCGCUCCUGGAAGACGGCCAGCUGUAUAUCCAGCAGGCCAGGGCUACUGAAGCUAGCGGCCUAGUGUCAGUCCUUCUGGAAGGACCUCCCAACAGCGGCAAGACGGCUCUCGCUGCAGAACUAGCCAAGCUAUCAGACUUCCCCUUCGUGAAAGUGUGCUCGCCUGAGGACAUGGUCGGCUUUACAGAGACCGCCAAGUGCUUGCAGAUUAGGAAGUACUUCGACGACGCCUACCGCUCGACUUUAUCCUGUAUUCUCGUGGACAACAUCGAGCGGCUGUUGGACUACGGGCCCAUCGGGCCGCGGUACUCCAACUUGACGCUGCAGGCUCUACUGGUGUUAUUGAAGAAGCAGCCGCCAAAAGGACGGAAGCUGCUCAUUCUGUGCACUAGCAGCCGCAGACAAGUGCUAGAAGACAUGGAGGUGCUAUCAGCGUUUACUGGCGUGCUGCACGUGCCCAACCUGUCCACUCCCGAGCACGUCAUCACGGUGCUGGAGCAAAGCGACGCCUUCUCGCGCCGCGACCUCGCCAAGAUACAGCACGACAUGCGCGGAGCCAAGUGAGUAAAGUUUAAUCAG